GGAACAAAGGAGCUGUAACAGGGUCUUGCUCUGUCAGACUAGAGUACAGUGCCAUGAUCUCUGCUCACUGCAGCCUCAACCGCCCAGGCUCAAGCAGUCCUUCUGCCUCAGCCUUUCAGAGUGCUGUGAUUACAGAUGGGAAGCCACCACAUCAGGCCUACAAGAUUUGACUUGUAAAGAAGUAAUUAUACUGACUGAGAGAGCAGCCCAGAAGAGGAAGAAGAGGAAAGAAAAGGAGUCAGGGAUGGCUCUUACACAGGGACCUUUGACAUUCAGAGAUGUAGCCAUAGAAUUCUCUCAGGAGGAGUGGAAAUCCCUGGACCCUGUGCAGAAAGCUUUGUACUGGGAUGUGAUGUUGGAGAACUACAGGAACCUGGUCUUCCUGGGUAUCCUUCCUAAAUGUAUGACCAAGGAAUUACCACCAAUAGGAAACAGUAAUACAGGAGAAAAAUUCCAAAGAGUGAUGCUGGAAAGACAUGAAUGUUAUGAUAUUGAAAAUUUUUACUUAAGGGAAGUCCAGAAAAAUCUACAGGACCUUGAGUUUCAAUGGAAAGAUGGUGAAAUAAAUAAUAAAGAAGUGCCAAUGACCUAUAAAAACAAUCUUACUGGUAAAAGUGGUCAACAUAGUCAAGAGGAUGUAGAAAACAAAUGUAUUGAAAAUCAGCUUCCAUUAAGCUUUCACUCACAUCUGACUGAACUGCAGAAAUUUCAAACUGAAGGGAAAAUUUAUGAAUGUAACCAAUCUGAGAAGACAGUUAAUAAUGGUUCCCUAGUCUCACCACUUCAAAGAAUUCUUCCAAGUGUCCAAAUCAACAUUUCUAAAAAAUAUGGGAAUGAGUUUUUGCAACUGUCAUUACCCACCCAACUUGAGAAAACACACAUUAGGGAAAAACCUUACAUAUGUAAUGAGUGUGGCAAAGCCUUUAGAGUGUCUUCAAGUCUUAUUAACCAUCAGAUGGUGCAUACUACAGAGAAACCUUACAAAUGCAACGAAUGUGGCAAAGCCUUUCAUCGGGGCUCACUACUAACAAUACAUCAGAUAGUCCAUACAAGGGGGAAGCCAUGUCAAUGUGAUGUAUGUGGCAAGAUCUUCAGACAAAAUUCUGAUCUUGUAAAUCACUGGAGAAGUCACACCGGAGAGAAACCAUACAAAUGUAAUGAAUGUGGCAAGUCCUUUAGUCAAAGUUACAACCUUGCAAUACAUCAAAGGAUUCACACUGGAGAGAAACCUUACAAAUGUAAUGAGUAGAAACCAUACAAAUGCAACAUAUGUGGAAAGUCCUUUAGUCAAAGUUCCAACCUGGCAACUCAUCAGACAGUUCAUAGUGGAAACAAACCUUACAAAUGUAGCGAGUGUGGCAAAACCUUUAAACGGAGCUCAAGCCUCACUACACAUCAGAUAAUCCAUACAGGAGAGAAACCAUAUACGUGUGAUGUAUGUGACAAGGUCUUCAGUCAACGUUCACAACUUGCAAGGCACCAGAGAAGUCAUACUGGAGAGAAACCUUACAAAUGCAAUGAAUGUGGCAAGGUCUUCAGUCAGACUUCACAUCUUGCGGGGCAUCGGAGAAUUCAUACUGGAGAGAAACCUUACAAAUGUGAUAAAUGUGGCAAAGCCUUUAAACAGGGGUCAUUACUCACUCGACAUAAGAUAAUUCAUACUAGAGAGAAACGUUACCAAUGCAGUGAAUGUGGAAAGGUCUUUAGUGAAAAUUCAUGCCUUGUAAGACAUUUAAGAAUUCAUACUGGGGAGCAACCUUACAAAUGUAGUGUGUGUGGCAAGGUCUUCAAUUACAGUGGAAACCUUUCAAUCCAUAAGAGAAUACACACAGGAGAGAAACCUUUCCAAUGUAAUGAAUGUGGCACAGUCUUCAGGAACUACUCAUGCCUAGCACGUCAUCUAAGAAUUCAUACUGGGCAGAAACCUUACAAAUGUAAUGUGUGUGACAAGGUCUUCAAUGACAGUGGAAACCUUUCAAAUCAUAAGAGAAUUCAUACUGGAGAGAAGCCUUUUCAAUGUAAUGAAUGUGGUAAGGUCUUCAGUUACUACUCAUGCCUAGCACGUCAUCGGAAAAUUCAUACCGGAGAGAAACCUUACAAAUGUAAUGAUUGUGGCAAAGCCUAUACUCAGCGAUCAAGCCUCACUAAACAUCUGAUAAUUCAUACUGGAGAGAAACCUUACAAUUGUAAUGAGUUUGGAGGGGCAUUUAUCCAAAGUUCAAAACUUGCAAGAUAUCACAGAAAUCCUACUGGGGAGAAACCACACAAAUGUAGCCAUUGUGGUAGAACUUUUAGUCAUAUAACAGGCCUGACGUACCAUCAGAGAAGGCAUACUGGAGAGAUGCCAUACAAAUGUAUUGAAUGUGGCCAGGUCUUUAAUUCCACUUCGAACCUUGCAAGGCAUCGGAGAAUUCAUACUGGAGAGAAACCUUACAAAUGUAAUGAAUGUGGCAAGGUCUUUCGUCAUCAAUCAACACUAGCACGCCAUCGGAGUAUUCAUACUGGAGAGAAACCUUACAUGUGUAAUGAGUGUGGCAAAGCCUUUAGAGUACGUUCAAUUCUGGUUAAUCAUCAGAAAAUGCAUACUGGAGACAAACCUUACAAAUGUAAUGAAUGUGGUAAAGCUUUUAUUGAAAGGUCAAAGCUGGUGUACCAUCAAAGAAAUCACACUGGAGAGAAGCCAUACAAAUGUAUUGAAUGUGGCAAGGCCUUUGGACGGUUUUCUUGCCUCAACAAACACCAAAUAAUUCAUUCUGGAGAAAAACCUUAUAAAUGUAAUGAGUGUGGCAAAUCUUUCAUUAGUCGCUCAGGCCUCACUAAACAUCAGACAAAACAUACUGGAGAGAAUCUUACAACAAAACUCAAUGUGGAAACGCCUUUAGAUGUUCUCCUAACUUCUGGGUUCAAAUAAUUCACAUUUACAGGUAUAGUUUGUAUAUUUGAUGCUUCUGUCUGAACCUCAUGUGGAAUUUUAAUCCCCCGUAUUGGAGGUGGGGCCUAGUGGGAGAUGACUGGAUCACAGGAGUGAAUUUCUCAAGAGUGGUUUAGCACCACCUGGUUUUUGCUCUUCUUGGGAUAGUGAGUUCUGGUGAGAUCUUGUUUUUUUGUUUGUUUGUUUUGUUUUUUUGAGACGAAGUCUCUCUCUGUCACCAGGCUGGAAUGCAGUUGCAGUGAGCCAAGAUUGUGCCAGUACACUCCAGCCUGGCUGACAGUGAGACCCUGUCUCAAAAAAAAGAAAAGAAAAGAAAAAGUGUAUGGAACCUCCCUCUCGUUCCUAUUCUUGCCAUGUGAUAUGCCCACUCCCCCUUUUCCUUCCACCGUGAUUUUAACAUUCCUGAGGCUUCCUCAGAAGGUGAGCAGAUGCCAGCACCAUGUUUCCUGUAAAGCCUGCAGAACUGUGAUUCAAUUAAACUUCUUUAUAAAUUA